CCAUAGACAUGGCGGCUCCUCUGGAAGUGAUCGUGAGCAGUGACUCGGGCUCUCAGCUGUGGAACUGCACCGUGUUCGACCUGCACAGCGGCUCCAGCCUGCUGUCCUACCGGGGCGGGAACAGCUCGGCCCGGACCCUCAGCGUGCUCCGCGGGGAGUUCCUGCUGUCCGCCCAGCUGGGGAAGAACUUCAUCAACGUGUGGGAGAUCCAGAGGAAGGACCAGCUGCAGCAGAAGUUGGUGUGUCCAGGUGUGGUCACCUGUCUGACCUCCUCACCUGAUGGACUCUUCCUCGCCGCUGGAGUUGCAGAGGCUGUUUACCUGUGGGAGGUGUCCACAGGUAAGCUGCUGUCUGUCCUCAGCCGUCACUAUCAGGACGUCACCUGUCUGAAGUUCACAGACGACAGCAGCCAUUUCGUUUCUGGAGGAAAAGACAACCUGGCUCUGGUGUGGAGUCUGUCCAGUGUGAUCCAGCUGGAUUUAAGCCACACCCCCGAGCCUCGCCACGUCCUGUCCCGCCACUCUCUUCCAAUCACAGACCUGCACUGUGGCCUGAUGGGAGCUCAGGCCCGAGUCGCCACCGCCUCCUUAGACCAGACGGUCAAGGUGUGGGAGCUGUCCUCAGGUGAGCUGCUGCUGUCCGUCCUGUUUGACGUGGAGAUCAUGUCCGUGACCUUUGACCCCUGCGAGUACUUCCUAUUCUGUGGAGGCAGUGAUGGAAACAUUUUCCAGGUGUCUCUGUGCAGUCAGAGUCUCAGCCGGGACAAGUCGUUCCAGUCCGACAGCGACGGGAACCAGGUCUUCAAAGGACACAGGAACUUGGUGACGUGUCUCUCGAUGUCGAUGGACGGGACGCUGCUGCUCUCCGGGUCUCAUGACGAGACGGUUCGACUGUGGGACGUCCAGAGCAAACAGAGCAUCCGCUGCCUCGCUCACAAAGGUCCGGUGACGAAUGCCGUCAUCAUGGCGGCUCCGGCUAACAUGUUCCUGCCCGACAGCCGGCCUGCCGUCCCCCUGCCGCGCUUCAGCCGCCACCUGCACGUGACCGAGGGCGGAGAGUCUGGAGAGGUGUGCGUCCGUCUGGGACUCUACGCACAGGAGGAGGAGCAGACAUACCUGCAGAAAGCUGAUCGUCUGAACUCUUUGAUGAACGCUGUGACUGACAAGUCGGUGUUUGGUGACGGUGAGAACACAAAGGUUCGAGUCGCCGAGCUUGAAGAAGAAGUUCAGACUCUGAAGAAGGUCAACAAAGAUCUGUACGACUUCUCUAGUCAGCUGCUCAUCAAACCCACAUAAAUACACACUUACACAGUUACACACGCACACACACACACACACACACACACACACACA